AAAAAAUUUAUACUUGAAAAUAUAUAUUUUCACCAUACAAAGUAAAUGUUAUAAAUUUAUAAAGAUUACAGACAAAUCCAUUCAGUCCAACAUUUUACCGUCUUUCACAUUGUAUAUGAUAAUAAAAUGCAUACUUUAAAUAAUCGUAAUAAUAUUAGACCAAAAAUAUGCUCUAAAAUCAAAGAUGAUAUAACCGCUCUUGAUGCUAUCUUGCUCGAAUGCUUCAAACGUAAUUUAUUUGGUAAAUAUCAUGCCUGCAAUGAUACCGUAGAAGAUAAAUUGAAGUUAUUGCGUAAAAUUUUUGGAGUACCUAAUCAUCAAUCAAGUUCAGAAACCUGGAUUGAACACCUGAGCGAUACUAACAAUACAACAAGUGAAACCAAAUUUAUUAAAUUCGCAUUUCUCGAUGAAAUUAGAAAUAUUUUAACAGACAAAAGGCCACAUAUAGCACUGUCUACAUUUCAAAAAUUCAUGGACCGCCUUGAUUUUGAAACGUUAAAAGAAACUGAAAACUUAAAUGAGCAUGUACUUUAUGAAGGCGUGGAUAAUUGCAGAGAUAAUUAUUCUUAUGAUGAUAUGAAAAUGGAUAUAAAUAUCGCAAAUAAUGAUAUUGUGGUAACAAAAGCGAUAGAAGAAACUCGAUUCACGUGUAAACGUGAAGAGGAGAGAUAUUUUGAGAACGAGGAAAUAUUAAUAUCAGAUUCUACCAAUGCCAUCGAUAAUGAAAUGCUCCAAAGAAUACUCCUAGCGGACAUGGGAAACGAUGUACAAGCUAGUUACGCGUAUCGUUCCGAUCAUAGAGAUUCUGAUAUUAAGCAAGAAUCGAUAACCAACGAUACGAUGGAGGAUAUUCCGCCUGUUAUGGAAUAUGAAAAGAAUCGAUUUUCCUUCAAGCACAUUUCCACUGAACUUCAACAAGAAUCAACAAGAAAUAAAAACGACAACAGCAACAACAAUAAUAAUAAUAAUAAUAAUAAUAAUAAUAACAUGGAGCAAAGCAAAAGCAAUGAUAAUCUCUUAGAAAAUCAUAAACUUGAGGGCGUAGUAGAGGCCAGUGAAAUAUUUGACUUGUUAAAAUUCUUAGAAAGGAACGAUGACGAGAUAGAGGAAAUUAAAAUGUCGGAAAAGCGGAAACAAGCUGAUGAAAGCUCAAUUAAUCAAUUAAUAACCAAAGCUCACUUCAAUUCGAAACGCAAAAAGUUGCGUUGUUGCGUCAAUACAAGUUAUGAUAAUUUAAUGGAAUUUCAUCAAAAAACUCACAUAACUGAUCUGACGGACGAAUCAUCAUUAAUUGUUAAUGAAGCAAAGCAAUGUUUUAAAGGGACAAGUAUUGAUGUAAUCGAUUUAAAUGGGAAAUGCGAAAAUUAUGUUAUAACAACUAAGACAUGUAACAACAACAACAACAACAACAGUUGCGACUCAUGCAAUAAUAAAUCAGUUACUGAAAGUGAUAAGAACUUGCGGAAAUCGAUCGAGAGUGACGAACUAGAUGAUAAUAAGACGUUCUUGGUGGAGAAUUCUCUCGACAGUGAUGAAUUUUCCGAAGAUUUUGAUUUCUUAAGAAUCAUGCAAGAAGUGGAAAUAGCUGAUAAGGCACUACAUAAUGAAGACGAUCCGAAAAACUUAAGAAAAGAGGAAAGGAAUGAUCAUCAUUAUGCUGACAAUGAUGACGAUAUUAUUGUGAUAGAAGACUCGGACUCGGAAGAUGGGAAAUCUUUCAGCGUAAAUAAUUCAUGCAUUAGUAAUAUUGAGGGUACAAUAGCAACGACAACGACGACAACAACAACAAUAACACCAACAACAACAACUAAAGCAUUAGAUGAAAGUGGAGAUUGCAAUGUUAAAAUAACCAAUAAUUACGACGCUGUCCUACAUUUAUACAAAAUUAAACGAUUUUUAUUAAAAAAAGGAAAUAGAAAAGGCUUUAAGUUAGUGCAACAGCUACAGGAAGUAUUUUUACGUAAUGGUUUUUGA